AUGGACGCAACGGACAGGGCAGUAAUCGUCCGGGCCAUACUCAACAACAAUUCUGAUAAUUACCUUUACGACUAUCUUACCCGGCGAGAAGAACAAUCUUCUAUUACGGAAGAUUGCCAGCUUGAGCACGAUGGUUAUUUGGCCACUCUUCAGAAAAUUGUGAACUAUGAAGCCAACGCAAAGAUCGCUGUCGUUACAGAUAAGUUUGAGGUCAGGCGGCUUAGCCAAGCAAGAGCAUCUUAUGGCUGUUCUUGUAAUGAACUUCUGGUUCAGCUAAGAUCCUCAGAUAUUGAACUUCAUUUCAUUCAGCAAGAACAUCUUAUGGCUGUUCUUGUGAUGAUCUUUUGGCUCGGAUGA